CGGGAAUACGGUUGAAGAAACUUGAAAAGUGAAAAGCGAAAACCCCUUUUGUUGUUAACCGCCUGUAUAGCAGAGGAAGUAAAUAGAAGAUAGAGAAGAGAUCAGCGAAGAGGCAUUUUCUGUAACCACGAAUGGAGACGACCACCUACCUCCCAUGGGACCUAAUCGUGCAGAUUCUUUGCCGAUUACCCGUCAAAGAUCUGUUACGCUGCCGGUGCCUAUCGAAGUUGUGCUGCUCCCUCAUAAACUGCCGCGAUUUCAUCAAUCUCCACCUCCAACACUCCCCGGAAUCCACUUCCCAACUCGGCUUCGUGUUUGGAGGCAACACCGAUCUCUGCUGGGCUGCCCUGAACGACCUCGACUCGUUCGCUCGCCUCACUUACCCAAUAGACAUUGGAACCGGUAUCAGCGUUCACGGAAGCUGCAAUGGAUUGCUUGCUAUUAGGAACCGCAGCUCAGAUAUGGCGAUUUGGAACCCUUCCAUUCGAAGGUACAUCAGUUUACCCAUCUCUGAUCUUGCCCAGUCUAUUCCCUUGGAUCAAAUCGAAAUUAUCCUUACUGGAUUUGGGCAUGACCCGGUUACUGAUGACUAUAAGUUGGUGGUGUUAACUGGUUUUAAAGAGCCUCAUAGAGGUUCUAGUCUUAUGGAAUUCAAGGUUUAUAGUGUAAAUGACAGAUCGUGGAAGAUUAUUGAUGAUUUCCCAAAAGAUGUCUCUUGCUUAUAUUCCAAUGGGGUCCUUGUCGGCAACACUUUGUACUUCAUGGUGUUAUCCCGUGCUAAUGAUGCCUUCUUGAUUUUGGCUUUUGAUCUUGUCUCUGAAACAUUCCGUCGGAUUCAGCUGCCUGAAAAUUGUUGGUGUGAAAAACUUAUGAAUCUAGAAGGUUCAUUAUGUGCUGUAAUUUCGCCUGAUAAUUUUCCAUUCGUUCAGGUGUGGAGGAUGAAGGAAUAUGGGGUCAAGGAGUCUUGGUUUAUGUUGUUUAAUCUGGCGCGUAUCUAUCUGUUUCCUCCUUUUAGGAUGCCAAUCCCUUUGUUCAAGAAUGGUGAUCAGGUUGUGCUUCACAACUGUGAAAAAAUCUUAGUGUAUGAUACCAAAAUAAGGACUUUGAUCAAAAGGGAGGCAGGUUCUGGUUUUCCUGAAAUUUGUGAUGCAAUAGUUUGUGUAAAAAGCCUGGUGGGACUUCAUUUUAAUGAAAGUACUUGAAAUGAGAAUAAGCACACUGCUAAAGCUUAAACAGGGAAAACUUAGUAUAAGCAAGAUAAUAGAGGCUCCCAUCUUGGAUACAAGUGAUAUGACUAUACAAGAAUCAAGUUUCCUGGGAUAUUCAGACAUGGACCUAACUAAUCGUGAUGAAGUUCACACAUUUUGCUAUUGAUAGUGAUUUUUUUUAGACAUUAUAUUAAUAUAUUUUGGUCUCAUGAUGGCUCAGUCUGCUAUUUGCUGCUGUUUAGGGAUUUUUAAUCUAUAUUUGGGGUAGUUAGUAGUUUUUCAUACCAUGGUAUUCAAAAGAACAUCUGUAUGUUAAGUUUGCAAGUAUGGGAAACUUUCCUAUCUUAAAUAUCCUUCCUACAUUCAUGUUGCGCCUCCUACAUUCAUAAUGACCCAAGUUAAUUUGAGUUUCUCUACUAAGUGCG